CCGGACUACAAUCGACAGGGGCAGCCAUUUGGCCCCCACCGUCGAUGGCCUGUUCUCGGACGAUUGCAUCGAGACCCCUGGAGAUUUGCCCAUCCACGGACACAGCGAGUCGUGGGGGCUGUGCCAUGGAGUAUACAAAUGGCCCUGACCGAACGCAUGGCACCGGAAGCCAUUGAUUCCAUCCACCCUCAGAUCCCCGUCAGAGACUGAGACUCUUCCUGGAAUCGUUGUUUCCCGAGCCCCGGCAAUUCGAUUGUACGCAUCGACACCACGAUGGGCUGGUUACAGGUCGCCGAGAAUCGCUGGGAGCGUCCCAGCAACGGCAUGGAGGGCUACUUCGUACUCUCUGGCGGGCUCUCUGCCUCCCUCUGCCAGGGCCGCGAGCACUACAUCAUCUCCUCCCGCCUGAAGGUUGAUCUGAAGCUGUCGGAUGCCGAGGCCUCUCUCCGACAGGCCUGGACGCAGCUGCGUCACGAGCAACCGCAAAUCGCCACGCGCGUCGAAGGCAUGAACAAGGUCUACGAGGUGCCCGACGAGACCGCCCUGCAGGCCUGGCUGGCCGAGACCUUCAUCGUGUCGUCCGCCGCCGACGCCGACGAGCUCUACCGCGGCGUCGGUCCCAUCCGCUCGGCGACGCUGUACUACGUGCCGCGGUCCUCCGAGCUCGUGCUGCGCGCCCACCACCACACCCUCGACGGCGUGGGUAUGCUCCUCCUCUGCCACAGCUACCUCAGCGCGCUGGCAUCGCCCCGGACCGUGUCCUUCGGCGACGAGCCGGCGCGACUGCCACCCCCCCUGGAAGAGGCCCUGGGCGACCCGGAGCUACCGCGCCAAGCGAUCGCCGAGAAGGGGCGCGCGCUGGCCACCGAGUUCAUCGACGGGCUGCCGGGUCUAGGCCCCGUGUCGCAGGUGGGCAAGGUUCCCGCGGGGGCGGCGCAGUUCGCCGAACGGGUGUUUCCGGCGCGCACCAGCGCCGCGGUGGUGCAGGCGUGCAAGCAGAAAGGCCUCAGCGUCACGGCCGCGCUGCAUGCGGCGUACGUGCGAGCCAUCGCCAAAUACGCCGACCCGGAGGGCUCGUCGCGGUACGUGACCGUGUCGCAGUUCAACUUCCGGCCGUUCCUGCGCGAGCCCUACGGAACGAGCCAGUAUGCCGCGGCGAUGUACUACUCCAUUCUACCGGUGCUGCUGGAGAAACCGACGGAGUUCGAGGAGCUGGCGCAGACGCUGGAUAGUUUCUACAAGUCGGGAUACAAGGAAACCGACGACCGCGAAGCCAGCGGCUCCCUGACGCGCACGCUGCAGGAGAUCGUGCAGACCCCCGAGUUUUUGACCAAGCCGGUGUCUCGCGAUGCGCUGGUCAGUAGUUUGGGCGUGGCGGAGCGCCACCUGCAGCAGAGCUACGGGGAGGUCGCCACGGUGCAGGACCUCCGGGUGGGAGUCGAUAUCAUUCUGGGCAUGAGCAUGAUCCUGUUCUACACCUUCCGGGACCAGCUGCGGCUGGUGUAUAGUUUCAAUGAUGCGUACGAGGAUCGGUCUCAGAUCGAGAGGUAUCUUGACGAGAUGCAGAGGAUUCUGCUGGAGGAACUGGUGGCAUGAGGGGGGUUAGUUUGAAGACCGAAUGCGAUGCUAUGAUUCUACUGAAUUUCGAACCCUCCUCCUCCGGUCCGAGGGACCCGUAGAGCCUCGGCAAGAGUCCUCUGUCUGGUCAAGAGGGAAAGUCGAUAGGGGCAGACAUGGACAUGGUUCAAGGGGUCAGACAGCGCUCGACACCACCGCCCAUCAUCAUUUCCCCGCUGCAUGUCUGCUGCUGUGUGGGGCUGCAGUGGAGCCUACGGACGACCCCCAACCAUACGGAGUAUACGAAGGAGUAGUGAGACGUAGGCGGUUUGACGUCGAUCAGGGAUCAUCAAACGGACCCGACGCCGUCGAUAGAAUUAGCACCAAUCAACUAAAG